UCGCGGGCCUUUUUUUUUCUUCCCUCCGCACGCGGGGCAGAGUGCGAGCUGCUGUAAGAGAGGAGCGGAGCGGAGCACGCGGAGCGACAAACGACCAGCCAAACAAACACGCGGAGGAGUGAAGAAGCGGCCGCGAGCAGAGAGCGGAGAAAGGGCGGGAGAUUCCCCGAGUGUGCUUUAGUGUCUGAUCCGCAGCGCGUUAGUGCCGCUCGCUAAUCCGGGAUGGAGCUGAUAACGAUCCUCGAGAAAACCGUCUCUCCAGAUCGAAAUGAGCUGGAGGCUGCGCAGAAGUUUUUGGAGCAGGCGGCAAUUGAAAACUUGCCCACUUUCUUGGUGGAGCUCUCCAAGGUGUUGGCUAAUCCCGCUAACACCCAGGUAGCCCGAGUCGCCGCCGGCCUGCAGGUUAAAAACUCCCUCACAUCCAAGGACCCUGACGUGAAAGCGCAGUACCAGCAGAGAUGGCUGGCCAUCGACGCCAACGCCCGCAGGGAGAUCAAAAACUACGUGCUGCAGACUCUGGGCACAGAGACAUACAGGCCCAGCUCAGCCUCGCAGUGUGUGGCAGGCAUCGCGUGUGCUGAGAUUCCAGUCAGGCAGUGGCCGGAGCUCAUUCCCCAGCUGGUCGCCAACGUCACUGACCCCAGCAGCACGGAGCACAUGAAGGAGUCCACGCUGGAGGCCAUCGGAUACAUUUGUCAGGACAUUGACCCAGAGCAGCUCCAGGACAGCGCCAAUCAGAUCCUCACUGCAAUCAUCCAGGGCAUGAGGAAAGAGGAACCCAGCAACAACGUCAAACUCGCCGCAACCAACGCACUUCUCAACUCCCUGGAGUUCACCAAAGCCAACUUCGACAAGGAGACGGAAAGACACUUCAUCAUGCAAGUUGUUUGUGAAGCCACACAGUGCCCCGACACCAGGGUUAGAGUGGCUGCAUUACAGAACCUGGUGAAGAUCAUGUCCUUAUAUUAUCAAUACAUGGAGACGUAUAUGGGGCCGGCGCUCUUUGCGAUUACAAUAGAAGCCAUGAAGAGUGAUAUCGACGAAGUUGCCUUACAAGGAAUCGAGUUCUGGUCCAACGUAUGUGAUGAGGAAAUGGAUUUGGCCAUCGAGGCCACAGAGGCAUCAGAACAAGGACGACCCCCAGAGCACACCAGCAAGUUCUACGCUAAAGGAGCUCUGCAGUAUCUGGUGCCCAUCCUCACACAGACGCUCACUAAACAGGACGAGAAUGAUGACGAUGAUGACUGGAACCCUUGUAAGGCGGCCGGUGUGUGUUUGAUGCUGUUGGCUACCUGCUGCGAGGACGACGUGGUGCCACACGUUCUGCCCUUCAUCAAAGAGAACAUCAAACACCCGGACUGGCGCUACCGUGACGCCUCAGUCAUGGCCUUUGGAUCCAUCUUGGAAGGCCCUGAGCUCAAUCAGCUCAAACCUCUUGUUAUCCAGGCGAUGCCCACCCUGAUCGAGCUGAUGAAGGACCCCAGCGUGGUGGUCAGAGACACCACAGCCUGGACGGUUGGCCGAAUCUGCGACCUGCUGCCCGAGGCCGCCAUCAAUGAGGUUUAUCUGGCUCCUCUCCUGCAGUGCCUGAUAGAGGGGCUGGGGGCCGAGCCGCGCGUGGCUUCCAACGUCUGCUGGGCUUUCUCCAGUUUGGCUGAAGCUGCGUACGAAGCCACAGAUGCUGCCGAGGAUCAGGAGGAGCCAAGCACUUACUGCCUCUCCUCGUCUUUCGAGCUAAUAGUCCAGAAACUUCUAGAAACCACUGACCGACCGGACGGACACCAGAACAACCUGCGCAGUGCAGCCUACGAGGCUCUGAUGGAGAUAGUGAAGAACAGUGCUAAGGACUGCUACCCCGCCGUGCAGAAAACAACGCUGGUCAUCAUGGAGCGCCUGCAGCAGGUUCUGCAGAUGGAGUCUCACAUCCAGAGCACGUCAGACCGGAUCCAGUUCAAUGACCUCCAGUCUCUGCUGUGCGCCACACUGCAGAAUGUACUGCGGAAGGUGCAGCACCAGGACGCGCUGCAGAUUUCGGACGUGGUGAUGGCCUCUCUCCUGCGAAUGUUCCAGAGCACGGCCGGUUCGGGCGGCGUUCAGGAGGACGCGCUCAUGGCUGUCAGCACUCUAGUAGAAGUUUUGGGCAGCGAUUUCUUGAAAUACAUGGAUGCCUUCAAACCCUUCCUGGUUAUUGGACUCAAGAACUAUGCUGAGUAUCAGGUGUGUCUGGCUGCGGUGGGUUUGGUGUGUGACCUGUGUCGGGCCCUGAUGGCCAACAUUUUGCCUUACUGUGAUGAAAUCAUGCAGCUGCUGCUGGAGAACCUGGGUAACGAGAACGUGCACAGGUCUGUGAAGCCCCAGAUCCUGUCUGUGUUCGGUGACAUUGCCCUCGCCAUCGGAGGAGAGUUUAAGAAGUAUUUGGAGGUUGUGUUGGACACUCUGCAGCAGGCGUCUCAGGCACAAGUGGACAAGACAGACUAUGAUAUGGUUGACUAUUUGAAUGAGCUGAGGGAAGGCUGUCUGGAGGCUUACACAGGAAUCAUCCAGGGCCUAAAGGGAGACCAGGAGAACGUGCACCCUGAUGUGAUGUUGGUGCAGCCACGUGUGGAGUUCAUCCUGUCCUUCAUCCACCACAUCGCCGAGGAUGAGGAUCACUCUGACGGAGUCGUGGCUAACGCUGUCGGCCUCAUUGGUGACCUGUGCACGACCUUUGGUAAAGAUGUGAUGAAGAUGGUGGAGGUUCGGCCCCAGAUUAAUGAUCUGCUCACUGAGGGCCGAAGGUCCAAAACCAGCAAGACCAAGACUCUCGCCACAUGGGCCACGAAGGAGCUCCGCAAGCUCAAGAGUCAGGCCUGAUCUGUCGCUGAUUGGGGGGAACCUUUCAGAACCCUUGAAGAGAAGCGGCCCAGUGGAGUUAGUUGUGUGUUUUGCACGCGCGUGUGGGAGCAGAAGAGCAGUGUGCGCUGAGCUGAGUGUCUGAGAGUGAGCGAGAGCGAGCGAGUGAGAGAGAGAGAGAGAGAGAGAGAGAGUGAACGAAUGACAUCACACCACCUUCUGAGUACAAUUCCAGCAGUCAGUCGCCGGCAGACGAAACAGCGCCCCCUGUCCCUCCCUCCUGAAAAAUACAAUGAAACAAAACCCUUUCCCUUCUCAACCUGAACCCCCACCCCCCACCACCCUUCCUCCUUCACCUGUGGACUGACCGACACCAACAAGAACACCAUGAACUGGAUUUAUUUUCUCGCUGUAGCUGGCUAGAUCCUACGUAGGCACUUAUUAAACGACAAAUAGUCAAACUGGACCAUGAUGAGCGUGAAGAAGGGGCUAACGGUCGAAACGCGUGCUCUCUUGGUCAUUCUGGCAACGAAAGGACUACUUCACUCAUUCAGUGGAUACGUGUGAACCCCCUUCCUUUUUCUUUUUUCUUCUUUUUGGGUUUUUUUUUCUUCUUUAUAAGCACUAUGGCUUCCGACGUGGAGGUGUUACCUGUUCACGUGUUCGACAGCAAGGGAAGGGGAAUGGAAUCAUACAAUAAACUGCCAUUGCGCGACAGGAAAAACAAAAACGAUCGCUGCUGGAGUUGACGAUGGCCGAGGCCGGAGCUGACCGGCCUGCCCGAGAGUGUGUGUCUGUGUGAGUGAGGGGAGGGGGUCCGCUGUCUCUACUUCACCCCCACCUCUUCUGUUCUUUCAGCUAAUGAGAAAUAAUAAAAAACGAUACGUAGCUUGACGCAAUUUCAGUGAGGUAUAUACUUCUGAAGCCUAUGUAAGGGAGAGCCGAGGGUGUGGAUGAUUGGCAGCAGCACUUCACUGAAUCAAAAAGCUGCUCUUCCCUUAUUUUCUGCAAGUCAAUCACUGACACGUGUUCAUUUUUUUUUGUUUUCUUUUUUUCCCUCCCUCCUUUUCCUUUGCUUUUCUUUUUCCCGGCCUCCUGGUCAUCAGUGUGGGCUCUAAGGUCACGCAGAUCCUUUUCAUUAGCCUUCGCGAAGGGCAACUCUGAGGCAAAAGACUGGUUAUUUCUGUUUUAGCACUAUUGGGAAUGCACAAGGGAUCAUUUGUCUUAGGCUGAAGGUGAAAGCACUUCGAUUCAACUCAACACACUGAGGUCUCGUUCAUUUAUAUAUUGUUUUUUUUUUUUUUUUUUUAUCGCAGGAAAAAAAGUGCCAAAUUAAUUCAGAACAGGCUGGUAGAUUAAAUUUGUGCAUUGAUGCAAUGUAGAAUAAAUGACGAUGCAUUCGCCUUUUAAAAAAAAAAUGAAUAAAAUGCAAAAACGAGCCUGUAAUUGACCUGUCGAUUAGAAUGUGCUUGGGUUUUUCUGCCCCGUUUAAGCUCUUUUGCUGCACUUGGUUGGGAAAGGGAGCCUUCCAAGCUUGUUUAAACAGAGAGAAAGAAUCAGAUGUUUGUAUAAGGUUAUAUUUUUCCAUUGCUCUUGAAAGAACCCAAAAUAAAAUGAUAUCAAACAUUCCCCUA